AUUGUACCAGAAGAUGGCGUAAAAUUACAGCAAAAAAAUAUUUUUGGAUGGCAGAUCGCAUAUUGGACAUUUUCUCAUGUUCAUUUUGGAGCAUUUUUUAAAGCGGCCCACCACUCCAAUUUCCAUUAAAAUGGUUUUGCAUGAUUAACGAUGGUCUAAGUUUGUUUUGCAGUAGAGGGAAAUUAAUUUUGCUAUUUGUAAAAGUGACGAGCCCGCUCUGUUGUACAUGCAUAACCUCAACGUUUUCAUUCAGUUAUUUUAUGCUGAAUAAACGUUUUUCCAAUAUUUCGUUCAACCAAAUAUCCAAAUGAAAUACUAAUUGCCCUGCACUGUAAAUUGUAAGCAACGAACAAUUACAGCACAAUGGCUCUCAUUAAAAAAAGGGUUUUAGCAGAAUUCAGUCAAACACAAGUUAUAGGUGAACCUCCUAUAAAGAGGCAGCGUUUAUUGCGACUUCCGUCGAGUGGAAGUAGCAGAAAUGGAGUUGGGAGUGACGGGAGUUCAGCUUUGGCAUUCAUCGAGUGUCUUGAAAAAUGCAAGGGUGGUAAUGAUUCUCUCCAAUUGCUCGUCAGAAUAUCUGAUACCGUUACUCGCAUGGCAACCGAAGAUGUGCCGGUUGCAGUGACAAAACUCUUAGAGAGAUUUUCCAUUGAAUCGGAAGCUGCUGUCAGAGCUAAAAUUCUCUGGGUUCUGGCAGAACUUGGUGAAAUAACUGACGAUCUUCUUGAAAAAACAAGAAUAGUCGACGAGACUGCAAAAUUGUUGAGAAAUGAAGAAUCACACAGAGUAAAAAGUCAGGGUUUAGCGACUUUGCUCAAACUGGGGAAUCAUAAUAGAACGGCAGUACUGAAAAUAGCACGAGAACAUUUACCGGACACGUGGCAUGGUGUACAAACUCGCUGUUUAUCGAUAAUCGGUCGAUAUUUAUCGUCAACAGCAGCGGAGGAAACAUUAAUAUUGGUAGGAAAUUACGCAAGAUCACAGGAUCCUCGUGUUCGAGCGAGUGCUUUUGAAACGAUGGCAGAAUUGCAUACACAGCGAGGUUGCAGGCUUCCGCCAAAUUUUUUUUCCGAGGCUUGUAGCGCGGUGCGUGACGAUUACGAGAUCGUGAGGAGAGCAGUUUUGCGUUUAAUAUGGAUAUUGGGUACGGAGUACCCGGACAAUAUAAUUGCCGGAGAGGACGGUGAAGACGUGAGAAUGAUAGAUUGCGCAUUUUCGAAGAUGUGUGGAUUAAUGGGUGACUUAUCGCCGCGAGUGCGAGCUUCGGUGAUGUCGUUGUUGGGCGAAAUGAAGGGAGUAUCCCGUCGAUACAUCGAGCAAGCUUUGGACAAAAAGCAAAAAAGGGUGGAGGACGAGGGUUCGGAGAUUGAGGAACGGAGUGGUUCCUGCGGAGCUUUCAUUCACGGUCUCGAGGAUGAAUUUCUCGAAGUAAGAACCGCCGCGGUUGAGGCAUUGUGCAGGUUGUCGCUCGAGCAGCCUUGCAUCGCCAGAAUAUCUUUGGAAUUCAUGGUAGACAUGUUCAACGAUGAGAUUCAAGACGUUCGCAUACGCGCGAUUGAAUCAUUGAGAAAAAUGUCUGCAAGUGUGACUCUGCAGGAAGAUCAGCUGGAGACUAUUCUCUGCGCUCUCGAGGAUUUCUCCGACAGCGUCAGAGAAGGUUUGCAUGCUACUUUAGCCGCGAGUCGCUUAGCAACGAGAAAUUGUUUGCACAUGUGUGUCAAUCGCUUGAUCGACAAUUUGACUAGAUAUCCACAGGACAAAGACAGCAUCAGAAGUUGUCUGGCUGCGUUAGGAGCGUCCCAUCCCUACCUGACUUUGCCGCUCGUGCCGCAACUCCUAGGACGUCAUCCUUUUUUCGACACACCCGAGCCCGACGUCGACGAACCUUCUUACGCCAGCGUCCUCGUCCUCAUCUUCAACGCUGCUCUCCACUGUCCCAGCAUGCACGCACUUUUCUCUGAACACGCGGCCAAACAUUACCAUUAUUUGAGGGACACCAUGCCUCAUUUAGUCCCUCGGCUCAGACCGGUUCUUGCCAAAGGUCUCGACACCAGAAAGCAAAAUGACGAAGACGAGGAAACUCGGGAUAGACGAGGACGCGAAUUUUUAGAACGAAUGGUCGCUGGCGUCGAAGCUGCGAGACCCGGUGGACGCGUUCACACCCAACUCUUGGAAGCCGCCGCUGUCGAUCUCGAUCGACUCGCUGAAAUGGACAGGAGAAUGGAAGGAGCUGCUCAUUUCACUGCUCUCUACAUUCGCUGCCUUCUUUUACUCAAAAAUGUCAUCAAAGAACUUUCCGAGAACCAAACGAACUCGUCAAUAUCCAGCUUCUCGCCUAAUUCCACCAGCAAUAUCGCUGUUCUUCUCAGACAUGCCCAGAAAUUACAACGUUUGUUCACGGGUGUUGACGAAACGGAGAUAGCAUUAGCGAACGAUGUUUGGCUGAAGGCCCUGGCCGUGGAAUUGAUAAGGAUCACGAGAAGCGCAACCGGGAGUGCGUUGCCCUUAGCGAGGCAUUUCCUUGCCGAAGCUGACGCACUUCCGGAGGACACGUCCAACUUGCCACCGUUCUCACGAGCUCUUCUUCAGAUUCCUUCGCUCGGUGAAGCAAAACCAGGAUCAUUGUCGCGUCUUCUAUUACCACUAUUGACGAGCAUCCCGCAGCCUGGAGAAGAACGACUUCCAAGGCCAUCCGCUUCGACGCGUUUGUGUCGAGCGAUAAUCGAGGAGCCGCGAGGCGACGCCGACGCCGCACUUAAAUUUACUGGUGGACUUUUACUCGGAAUUCCAUUGACCGCAAAAAUUUUAAAUCUCCGGGAUCCUGAAACCCUCCGCAUUAAAAUAAGGCACCCUGACCAGCAAGUUCAACUUUUAUUACCACGAAAAGCUGACCUUCGACUUCAAAAUCCUGAAGGAAUGGAUUACAGGCUCAGAACGACUGUUCUUUUGUCCCACCAGGUUUGGAUGGAAGCCUGCAACGUUGAAAUAUCGAUCGCGCUCUUGGUACCAUCCACUAAUCAUUCACCGACCGACGAUCCUUGCGUUAUCGACUUGAGCAAACCGACCAAAGUGUCCAUCGCACCCAAACCAAUAAAACGUGGAAUUUAAGUAUAAUUUAUACAUUCGUUGCUUGCUUUUUCGUCCUGAAUUUCCAAGUUUACUCGUGUAAACAAAACAGAAAAAUUGAAGUAGAGACAAUGUGAUUGUUAAUUUUCAGUGAGACUAAUUCAAAAAGUCCUUGACCUUCCAACAUAUUUUUAGAAAAGCAUUAAACUUCGAACGAAAAGCUUCGAAAAUAUCUAAAAUAAAUUCAUCAUUUAUAUUUGACAAAACGAAUGAUUUAUCAGUUGCUGAAUCAUUUUUCAUUCGACUCAUGGUCGAAUUAUUUUUAUGUACAGUUGGAUAAAAUGUCAUAUUCAUAAUGUCUAAAAAGUGGAUAAAUUUUUCUGAUUUUUGUCUAUUCCUACAAUACUGAAAAUUUCAAUCGACUAGAAACUUUGACAAAGGAUUUACGUAGGAAACAUCCCUAAUUUUAUUCAAGUUCUUGACUACAACAAUGUACAGUUUUUUGUCAACUUAUACAGAGGGAUCGGGGUAAAAUAAAAUAUUAUUAGUAAAA